CAAUAAAAAUGGCGCGAGCGGAACAUUAUCCAGUGAAGGCAGGGUGGUUUUUUUUUUGUUUUUUUUAUCUAUCUUUAAAUCAAUAUCUGAUUGGUCUUCCUGUUAAUCGCGAACAACGGCCUUUUAUUUAUGCUAUCUGGAACAUCAGCUCGCACAGCGGGUCAUCUUGCUUGAUUAGAAAGGCGGUCCGAGGAAGAAGGGAGCCGCGUGUAAUUGGAGUGGUGCGCGUGCGUGCAGGGAUGAGGACGGGGAUCAGGGCUUUCCUCUUACCUGGUGUCAUAGAUGGCGAACAACUUCUUGUUUCCGUCAACAGCAUUCCUGAAAGAAGAGCUCUUAACAACAUGACUUGGCUGGUACUUUCCCUCCUGCUCCUGCUCGGAUGCCAAAAUAGUCUUUGUCAGCAGUCGUCGGAAGCUCAAAAAGAGGAGGACGCCAACGAGGACAGCACGGUUUUCACCAGGAUCCUGGACAGCCUCCUGGAUGGCUACGACAACAGGCUCCGCCCGGGACUCGGAGAAAACGUGACGGAAAUCAAGACGAACAUCUUUGUCACCAGCUUCGGUCCUGUGUCUGACACAGAGAUGGAAUACACCAUAGACGUGUUCUUUCGUCAAAGCUGGAAGGAUGAGCGUCUCUGCUUCAAAGGCCCCAUGGAGAUGCUCCCAUUAAACAACCUGCUGGCUAGCAACAUCUGGACUCCUGAUACCUUCUUCCUCAAUGGUAAGAAGUCCAUCGCUCACAACAUGACCACACCCAACAAGCUGCUGAGACUGAAGGACGACGGAACCCUGCUCUACACAAUGAGGUUGACGAUCUCAGCAGAAUGCCCCAUGCAACUGGAGGACUUUCCCAUGGACGCCCACGCCUGCCCGCUCAAGUUUGGCAGCUAUGCCUAUCCAGUCUCAGAGGUGGUCUACACAUGGACUCAAGGAGCCGCUAAGUCUGUUGUUGUGGCAGAAGAUGGUUCCAGACUCAACCAGUACCAUCUCAUUGGACAAACAGCUGACACAGAGGACAUACGCACCAGCCGAGGACAAUACACUGUGAUGAUGGCGCACUUCUACCUGAAAAGGAAGAUCGGAUAUUUUGUCAUCCAGACGUACAUGCCAUGUUUCAUGACCGUAAUCCUGUCCCAGGUGUCGUUUUGGCUCAACAGAGAGUCCGUUCCCGCGCGGACCGUGUUUGGGGUGACUACGGUACUGACUAUGACCACACUCAGCAUCAGCGCCAGAAACUCGCUUCCCAAAGUAGCCUACGCAACAGCCAUGGACUGGUUCAUUGCUGUCUGCUAUGCUUUCGUCUUUUCAGCUCUUAUCGAGUUUGCCACAGUGAACUACUUCACCAAAAGGAGCUGGGCCUGGGAUGGCAAGAAAGCUCUGGAAGCACAGCACCCUAAGAAACGGGACCCAAUGGUGCUCUCAAAAAAGGCCAACAACGUUUGCUCGGCAGGUGUCAACUACACCCCCAACCUUACCAAGGACGCGUCCAUCUCUACCAUCUCCAAUACGACGUCGGUGCAGCUGCGGGGCUCAGAGAGCAAACUGGUGGACCCCAAAAAGACAUACAACAGCGUCAGCAAGAUCGACAAGAUGUCGCGAAUAGUGUUCCCCGUCCUCUUCGGAACCUUCAACCUCGUCUACUGGGCCACAUACCUGAACAGAGAACCGAUGGUGAAAGGAGUUGUCGCUUCCACAUAAUCGCCUUUUUUGUUUGUUUGUGUGUUUUUGUGCAGGGUUUAUUCUUUCCGAAACUGAAUUUGUGUAAAAGAAGAAAGGGUUUGAUCCCAAUCAUUCUCUGCUUUAGAAAAAGACAAGUGAUAAAGCAAACAUCUGCGCUUGAAGAACAAAGAACCAUCUAUCUAAUUCAGGCAACCUGAAUGGAUGCAAGGCUGCAAGAGUUUUCCUUUCCUUUUCUUGAGGCCUAAAAAAAAACUGCUCAGUAAUGAAGAAACUGCUUUAAAGAAACAGGCGAGUGGCGGCUCUGCUUCCUUCUCGUCUAUCCUGCUGCAGUUUGCAUGACGUUCUCUUAAACUGGAAACUGUGGACUCCUUUGUCUUAAAUACCGACCAUGUAUAUGUCAUCGCUUAAAGUGCAGAGGCUCACUAAGUUUGGAUUGAAAAGUUAAUUUAAAGAGUAAGCAAUGAUGCGAGUAUAUUAAUUUAGCAUUUCUUUUUGCCGUCCACGUGAUGUUAUGUUCCAUUGUACUGCUUCAACACCCUUAGACACAAGCCUAGAAUCUCAAAAGUGAGAAAAACAAAUAAGGAAACCUGAGAGUUACAUACAAGUCCUCAAUAUUUACAUAAAAAUUUAGUAGAGCAAGAUAUAGAGCAAGAAUAUUCGCACAUCUUUUGCCUAAAAGGUGAAAAAAUAGCUGUGAGAGACGGGUUAGCACAGUUCGGGGAAUGGGUAUAUGUGAUUUAAAUUAAAUUUUAAGCCUCGCUAACUCAGUCGUGAAACUAAUAUACACCGUUGAGAAGCCAGUUACCUGAAAAGCAAUGUGUCACAUACAAAUCAGCAGUGAUGUGGAGUGUUCCAAGACUGUGAUUCUGUGAAGUGACCUGGAUUCAAGAAGCCUUUAAAGCAUCCUUGAGCAAAACACUGUGGCGCUAAAAGCUCCAGGAGAUUUUGCUUUCAGUUCGACUGCGGCUAAAAAUAACAGCCGACUCUUCAUCGUUGUACAAGUAGAUCAUCAAGUAAGACAAAUUUGGGUUUGACUUUUAAUUAAUUGUGCAUUUGUAAACCUGAAUAUGCCCCGAUAAACUGGUAAUGCUCAGUGUAAAAUGUUUCAAGAGCUACAGCGAUGGAGAACUGUAAACAGACAAAAUAGCCUUUAAAAGUCAGUGUUGAAUCUCAAGAGUUUUUAGGUCAAACUUUAUAAAUGUGACCUCUUACUUUAGUUUUACACAUCUAACCCCCAAUAUAGAGUAAUCACCCUAUUUUCAAUUUUCUUUAGUAAGCUGGGUUUAAGACUUAGGUUUUAUAAACAACUUGCAUCUAAAAAUGUUUUUUAAAUGUUUUGCAGUCACCUCUUUUGUUUUGUUUCAGUGGAGUAAUGAACCCAAUGUGAUUACUCUUCUAUGUCUAAGGUUAAACAGGCCUCUUUACUGGCCAACUAGAUAUCAAGCUUCUCAGCUCUGCUGCUAAAUUGUAGAUAAAAUCAGUUUUUAAAGACGUUCUCUGUGCCUGACAAUCUACAAAACAAAUUUUUUAUUUCUUAGGCUUUAAUAUAUUCUUUAACAUAUGCUAGUAAAAGAUAUCAUCAUAGCUAUGUUCCUCCCUUUUUGUUUUGUCACAGAGCUCAGUCUGCCGAAAGAAAACUCCUCAAAAAUUAUUGUGUUUUCUCUGUAUUCUCUUCCUUUUCUAGCAAUGUAAUGAAUGUAUUUAAAAUUGACAAUUUUUAUUCAAUAGGUUAUAUAAAAGAUAGUUUAAAAAAAGACUUUCUUACUAGCUAGUGAUUUAGGAAGCUCACAGCUGCUUACAGUUUGAUAAAGUCUGUUUUAUAAAGGGGUUCUUUGUGCCUGACUUUCUAAACAUCCACUAUUUUCUAUUUUAAAAGUCAUCCUCUGACAUAAAAGAGUAAAAGCUAAAAGCUUAGUGUUUUAUGUUUGUUGCUAUUUUUCCAUUUAGUCUGCAGAAGAAACAUACAUUACAUUUCAUUUUCUCUUUUCUAUGCCUUUUAUUUUCCCCAACAUGUCAUUGUUAAGGAAUGUACAUAAAAUUUAAUAACUAAUAAUGAUAAUCAAACAGAAAAGUUCUACAGAAGUGGGUUAACCAAGUCUUUACUAGCUAUUUAUUUAGUUACUUGAUUAGUUACUAGGGGAUGAAAUCUGUCUUUAGAGGUUAUUUGUGCCUAGCUUUUGAUAAAGUUUUAUUUUGUAGGUUAAUCUAUGACAUUCACAAGAAAAAAAAGAAAAGAAACUCCAAUGCUGACUUUGAAUUUAUUAGGCGUAUGCUCGUCUUGUAUCUUUUCCCUCAAGUUUUGUGUGCUUUUACUUCACUCUGUUCUUGAUGUUUGUGAAACAAAACAGACAUUUGAGCUUUUUGUGUAUUUUCUCCUUUAACUGAGGUUGUGUGAGGAGAGGUUUGGGAUCAAGGCCGAGGACCAGCUUCUGUGUCGGGACACUCAGGAACAAAAAGACCAACGUUUGCAGCCAACAUGAUGCCUCUCAGUUUGCGCUUCUUGAACCGCAUCAUAUCGAAGACUGUACUUUAUUGGCCAUUUUCUUGGUGAACUUCAGGGCAGAUAAUAAUGUAUGCGAGUCUGAAAAGGCUUUAACUGGGUCUUAAGUUGGCUUUAGGAAAACGGCUCCAAAUGUACAACACUGAUGACCCAUGUGGGUCCCGAUUUUACCUGCAUCACAUCUUUAAGAGCAACUAGCAAACUCGUGAACAAACUCAUCUGAUGACCAUUUCUCAUUCCAUUUCCUAAACAAAAGGGCCUCAUAAACAUUGUUGCCUGCGAACAUCAUAACCAGUUUCCUUCCUACAAAUUCCCAACUUCUCACCACCACCGUACCUAAUUUACAUUUAAUGAAGACAAUUGUAUGAUAUUGUGACAGAUAAAAGCUUAGAUCCUGAAA